AGAUUCCAGUGACUCUGAUCUAACCACCUACACUAGUCGUAAGCAGGGAAUCGUCAAACACUUCCUAGCAGCAACUGAUAUGCUGAUAGCACUAGGGCAACAUUGGAUUAUGCUGAAGGUAGCUCUUCUUCUGAUGGGCCUAGCGGUCUUACAGCUGCAGCCUGUAACCGCACAGCUCAACCUCAGCCUGGACAGCAAGACCGGAGCAUACUCGAUCCUAAACAAUGGCGAGGAAUGGCUGCAUGGUGCAGGCUUUGGUAUCCGUGCUAAAGGAAAGGUUUACAGCACAAAGGAUGGCUCUCUGAAGAUUGCCGACGUGUCUUCUGGUCAUGCCUCGAGCUUCAUGGGUGAAUACAACACCACCAUGCUGACUUUCACGGACACCGACGGCAAGAAGAUGUUUGCCGUGGCGUUCAACGUUUACAACAGUAUGAUGCAUUUCGAGCAGGUGAUUCCAGUGGCGCUGUCCAACAUGACGGUCGGUGAAUCUGAUGAUGUCAUUACGGCGUUUCCCAUGUUCAACGAGUCCAGGACGGAUGCAGGAAUGCUCAACUAUCUAACGUAUUCAGGCACGACUUGCGAUGCUCAGUUUGGAGCCUGGGGUUCAGGCAGCUUGCAUGGAAGCUCGCAGUAUGGGCCACUGGCUCUGUACGAUAAAACACUCAACACGAUUGUCAUGUCCAGCAUGGACAACUUCAUGGUCAGCUACCAUUCACGUUCAAAAUCAUUUGGUGGUGCCAUCGCCUUUGGUAUUAGUGGGAAGGUGGAUGCACUGCCACAAGGUUUUGUCUACUCUACCCUCCUUGUAGCCGGCCAGGGUGUGAAGUCCACCAUGGCACAAUGGGGCUCUACUCUUCUACAGCUCGGCCAGAAGCACCCGUCUACACUCCACUCCGAUCCGUCCAUCUCCCAUCUUGGCUAUUACACCGACAAUGGUGCAUACUAUUACUAUAAAACUGAGCCACAGAAGAACUUCCAACAGACUAUGCUGGAUGUAAAGGCCAAGGCAGAACAGCUACAACUUCCCUUCCAUUACUUCCAGUUUGACAGCUGGUGGUACUACAAAGACAACCACAGUGCCGUCACGCUCUGGGAACCCCGGCCGGACGUAUUCCCAGACGAGAUGAAGCCAUGGCUGGGCAUGCCACUUGUACUGCACAACAGAUGGUGGUCUCCCAAGAGCAAUUACAGCCAUGAUUGGUUUAUCGCCGAGAAGGAGUGUGCGCUUCCAUCCAGUGAGAAGCUGUUUGACUACAUCAUGGCCAAAGCAAAGGACUGGGGUAUGAUUGUCUACGAGCAGGACUGGCUGGUGACGACGUAUAACAAGAUGAAUGUGACACAGUCGUCUCUAUCUGCUGCUCAGAACUGGCUGCUCUACAUGGGUGCGGCUGCAGCCAAGCUGAACAUCUCAAUACAGUACUGCAUGCCACUGCCAAUACACAUGUUGCAAUCCACAACCAUUCAGCCUGUCACUCAUGCACGUGCAUCACACGAUUAUCAUCCCGGCAAUACUAACUGGAACAUUGGUUUGACGAGUCUGUUCUACUGGUCAAUCGGUGUUGUACCAUUCAAGGAUGACUUCUUCACCUACAGUGGCACGGAGAGCAACUGUCCGUACGGUAAAUCAGGCUGUUCUGAACCAAACUAUAAACUGGAAGCACUGGUAGCUACUCUAAGCGGAGGACCUGUUGCACCAUCAGAUGGUAUUGACUAUCUGAAUGUUGAGAUGAUCAUGAGGACAUGCAGAGAGGAUGGACUGCUACUCAAACCGGAUCAUCCGGCACUCUACCACGAUGCUGCCUUCAAGCUGGGCUUUGACGGCCAGAAGCGCAUUGAGAUCUGGCACACACAAACUACCAUCAGUGGUGGAUCUACACAUUAUAUCCUUGCUGUCAAUUUAACCGAGAGUGCUGAGAUCACACUCGAAGAUCUAGGCGAGGCGUCAGGUGUGUCGUUCAUUGCGUAUGACUACUACGCAAGCUGUCCGCUGGGACAAGAGGAGUGCCAGUUGCAAAAUGUCCAGCAUGUCAAUUCGUCAUCACCGCUGACGCUCAAGCCAACAGCUCUGGAAAUGCUACCAAUUGAGAAUGUCACAUUCCAAUACUGGGUCCUGGCUCAAACAUGGCCCAAUGGCUGGACGCUGGUUGGCGAAGCCAAGAAGUUUGUCCCGAUGUCAAAGCAGAGAAUUUCCGAGGCGUCUGCAGCCGCAGGCGGUCCCCUCAAAGUCACAGUAAAUGGUGCUCCACACGAGGUGGUUGAACUCUACGCUGUCUUGCCGAGCGGGGAGUUUGCACCCACAACAGUCCCCUUGUCGGCCAGCGGUACGGCGGUACUGACGUGCACCGGGAACAGUGUGUCAUCUGUACAGUGUGAUUAGCUGACAUCAGCAGGUCCACACUGGAGGACAGCUGUGUGUUAUUGCCCAGGUGCUGCAAGUGUUACUCAAUCUGUGUAACCCUGAAUCUGAAUCUGCGAUUAGCACUGUAUCACUGUAUCACUGUAUCACUGUAUCACUGUAUCACCCUUUGCCGACUCACUAGCAUAGGCGUAUAGCACUGGAACAUGAUGGGACAUGAAAACAAGUUAACAGUGACGAAAAUCUCUAACAAUUAAUUUGUAUCUUUGGGCCCCAUGGCAAGACACUAAUUAUUAGUUCCCGACCAGGAUAGCCCUCCUUUCUCUAUUUAUUUUAUUAUACCCAAUGAUGUAUCUUAUUUUAUUCUUCGAUCGUUGAAUGUUAUCAACAACUCAUUCGUGUAUGGAAUUCAUGCUGGCAUGAAUCGUGCAAGUAACUAUUUACGAUGAUUGCAUCAAGCCUUCUCAA